CAGACAUCAGGGCGACGAUCUGCCUUCUUUCCUUUCUGGAGCAGCUUCUGUGGAAUAACAAUAAUCCUCCUUCGCUCCUCGCGGGCAGAUCUCCCUAGCUUCCUCCCUUCUCUCCUCCAAUGGGAAGCCGGACCCAGAGAUCCAACUUCCCUGGGGAAGGGAGCGCGCGAGGAGGGCGCACGGGGUCUUUGCCCAUCUCCUCCGCGCUUCCCAAGCGGCUCUUCCAGUCGCUCUCUUUCGACGGUGGGGCGGGGCUGGGAUUUUCCUUGGGGCCGCCCCACCACGCUCGCCUUCCAAUCGGAACGCCGUCGCUGCUCGCUGUUUUUUUUUUUUUUCCCGUCGCUGUCCAAACUUCCUGUAACGCUGCGGGAGGGAACCGGGAGCGGGAGUUCCCUGGCGGGAGAUGCCUGAAGUUUGCUGGCAGAGGGGGAGGUCUCUGCGGCGGGAAGAGCGACAGAAGCACGUCGAAGGAGCCGAUCACCCCCAAAAUGGGCCUCCUCGAGCUGCUGUCCCCUGGCACCUACGGCCUGGCGCUCGCUACUGCUCUGGCGCUCUGGGCGCUCUGUGUUUUCUGCAGGCGGAAAAGGAGACCAGGAGAGGCACCCUUAAUAAACGGUUGGAUUCCUUUCCUGGGAGAAGCCCUGAAUUUUAGAAACGAUCCUACCAAGUUUUUGUUAUCUUUGCAACAGAAAUACGGAGAUGUUUUUACCGUCUACCUUGCUGGCAGAUAUCUUACAUUUAUAAUGAACCCCCUGCAGUUUGUUUCUGUGGCCAAAAGCAGCAAGUACCUGCAAUUUAAAGAACUUUCUGAUCAGAUAUCGACCAAUGCAUUUGACCAUCCAACCACCCUCGAUCACAAUCUCCCAGACCUGCAUGAGAAUGUACACAAGGCUUAUCAGUAUCUUAUGGGCAGGCCAUUGGACGUGCUCUCGGACAGCAUGAUGGGAAACCUCCAGGGUCUAUUUGAGAAGAUGUGCUCACAAGCAACAGACUGGGAAAUGGGGGACGUGAACAAGUUCUGCUUCUCCUUAAUGUUCGAAGCCAGCUUUUUAACACUGUACGGAAAGGAUCCUGGUGCAGCUGACUACAGCAUUACGGAAGCAAUUGGCGACAAGUUUAAUAAGUUUGACGCCAGAUUUUCCUAUUUAGCUACCAAUGUACCCAUUGAGUUAUUAGGUGCGGCCAAGAGAAUCCGGAAAGAACUUAUCAAUGUGUUUUUACCUGAAAACAUGGCAAGAUGGUUGGGGACUUCCGAAGUGGUCGAAUUCAGAAAAGAUUUAUUUGAGAUGUAUGAAGUACUCAGAGAUUACGACAAAGCAGCACAUCAUUUUGCCUUCAUGUGGGCCUCUGUAGGAAACACGAUUCCAGCUACAUUCUGGGCCAUGUAUUAUCUUCUGCGGCACCCAGAAGCUCUUGCAGUGGUGCGUGACGAAAUUGACCAUUUGCUGCAGUCAACAGGUCAAGAAAGGAAGCCUGGAUACAGCAUCCACCUCACCAGAGAACAAUUGGACAACCUGGUCUACCUAGAAAGUGCUAUCAACGAGAGUUUCCGAUUUUGCUCAUCUUCCACAAACAUCCGCAUUGCCAGCGAAGAUUUUAUUCUCAAGCUUGAAGGGAACCAGGAAGUCAGCUUGAGAAAAGGAGAUUGGGUAGCAAUUUAUCCUCCAACUCUGCACAUGGACCCCGAGGUCUACGAAGAUCCCAAGAAGUAUAAAUUUGAUCGUUACAUAGAGGAUGGCAAGAAGAAAACCACCUUCUACAAACAGGGAAGGAAGUUGAAAUACUUUCUGAUGCCUUUUGGCUCUGGAGUCAGCAUGUGUCCUGGCAGGUUCUUUGCAAUGAAUGAAAUUAAGGUGUUCUUGGUUUUAUUGUUAACAUAUUUUGAUGUGGAAAUAACAGAAGAUAAGCAAGUUGGACAAGACAAGAGUAGAAUAGGUCUUGGUAUACUUUUGCCAGACACUGACAUUGCCUUUCGUUACAAACUAAGAAAUUAAUACUCUAAUACAGUUUCCAACAUUACAAAUAACUUGCUCAGGUUUUGUUCUGUCUUUUUGCACUACGGUUGCCAUAUCUUUCUGGUGUCCUUACAAUUGUGGAUGAGGCCUGCCACAUUUUGAUGAAUAUUCUUUUCAUAUUGCUGCCAUUUUAAGUUAAACUUUUGAUGGGAUGGGUGAAAUAUUCUAUUUCUACAAGUUUUCUAUCUACAUCAGUGCCCUCAGUGUGGCUACUUUUUUGUAGCACAAUGCUGUAUGGCAGUGCAGGAGAUCAGAAGGUGCACCUAUUGGAUUGUGUGGCAUAGCUGCUUGGGCUGGCAAAGUACCGUUGUCUGCCUCUUCCUCAAACAGCCUCUCUUAUUUUGGCACUUGCUAUUAUCCAUAAGAACACUACUCGACAUCAACAAAACUUGUUUCUAAUGCCCAUUCAGUCCUUUUACACAAAUUCAUCAAAGAAUCAAAUUCACAUAGAAUCUCAUUUGGGAUUUUGAGCACUUUUCUAGUUGGAAAUUAAUAUAGUGGAGGGACUGGGGGUUUUGUUUUGCUUUACCCUAAAAAUUUGGGGGCAGUGAUUGAUUAAGGGACCCAGGUGGCGCUGUGGGUUAAAUCACAGAGUCUAGGGCUUGCUGAUCAGAAGGUCGGCGGUUCGAAUCCCUGCAACGGGGUGAGCUCCUGUUGCUCGGUCCCAGCUCCUGCCCACCUAGCAGUUCGAAAGCACAUCAAAGUGCAAGUAGAUAAAUAGGUACCGCUCCGGCAGGAAGGUAAACGGCGUUUCCGUGCGCUGCUCUGGUUCGCCAGAAGCAGCUUUGUCAUGCUGGCCACAUGACCCGGAAGCUGUCUGCGGACAAACGCCGGCUCCCUCGGCCUAUAGAGCGAGAUGAGCGCCGCAACCCCAGAGUCGGACACGACUGGACCUGAUGGUCAGGGGCCCCUUUACCUUUACCUUUAAAUAUUUGUGUUAUGAUUAAAUGGGCACAGGAUCUGGGCAAACCAAUCUAUAAAGUACAAUGGGAAAAUUUGUUUAAGAGAACAAUGAAAUUCACGGCCUGCGAAGGAAUCAAAGAAAAUAUGCUGAAAAUGCUUUAUCGUUGGCACCUCGCUCCGGAUAAGAUUGCCAAAAUAUAUAAAAAUACCGAUAAAAAUUGUUGGAAGUGCAGUAACAGGAUAGGGGAUUAUAUGCAUUGCUGGUGGGGUUGCAUAAAAAUUAAAAAAUUUUGGGGGGAGGUCUAUGAGGAAUUAAAAAAAAUAGUGAAAGUCACUUUUAAAAGAAAACCGGAAUAUUUUUUAUUAAGUUUGCUUCCAGAUAACCUCCCUAAGGAUAGAAGAGACAUUUUUCUUUAUGGAUGUGCAGCAGCACGAUUAUUGAUAGGUCAGAAUUGGAAAAAGGAAGAGGCACCAGGGGUAGCAGAUUGGCAGAUAAAGCUAGUUGAAUUUAUGAAUCUUGACAAAAUGACUGCCGUAAUUAGAAAUGUAUCGAAACAGAAAUUGAUUAAAAAGUGGGAAUAUGUGGAAGAAUAUUUUAGGAAGAAGAAUAUCCAAACGGAGUUAAGGGUCUGUUUAGGUUAGAAGAGAAUAGGGGUUUUUUGUUAAAAGAAUCAAGUGAAAAGGAAAGGGAUUUAUAUUAAUAUGAUAUAAAUGGAGAAAUGACAACGCAAGAAUAUAGUGAAUAGGAGAAAUAAGCGACACGUUAAGAGUUGGGAAGUGGUUUUAUUUUCAUAUUUGUUGUUUGGAUUUUGUGAACAUAUAAUUUUAUUGUACAUGCUUUUAAAAAUGAUUCAAUAAAGUUUACUUUUUAAAUUGAAAAAAAAAAAA